GAUGACAACACCAAAACAGCCCUUCUUUUGGCUCCUCGUGCACCUGCUGGCCCUAGCUUUGUCUUUCCUUCCUCAUGCUUGCACCGUCAGAACCAUAGGCAAGCACUGUAACCGCUUUACUCUGUGUGGAAACCUUAACAUCAGUCACCCUUUUCGAUUAAAAUCCCACCACCAUAGCUGUGGUCUCAAGGUAUUUGAGCUGGUGUGCGACAACAACCGAACAAUUCUCUCUGGGGAACAAGGGAAUUUCUAUGUUCAACACAUCUCUUACGUUAAGUAUACUAUUCAUCUUGUAGAUGUGAAUCUGUACAACCAUUACUGCUCUCUUCCUCACGGUUCCCUUCCGUUGCGUUAUUCUUACAAUGGAAAAUUAAGUCAACCAGAAAUUGAUAGUUAUGCAUAUUACAAUUAUAGCGAGGUUUAUGUGGUUAAGUGCAGUAGGAAGAUGAAAAAGUCUUGGUCAGGGGUUAAUUACAUCGAUGCUUCUCGAUGUUCUUCCUCUCCACCAACUAAUGAUCUCUUUUAUUAUUUUUUGGAUGGAAAAACGGCGCCGUCUGAUUUACAUACGUCGUGCACGGUUGACGCCCGGGUUCCGAUCAAUCUUCAUAACAUCAGUGACGCCUCUACUUUUGAUAUUUACAAAAAACUGAUGAUGGGCGUCCAACUCAGAUGGUCACCCAACAUUCGUGAAGGUUAUCCAUGGCUGCAGUGGAACUCAGUUGUUAACGUGUGA